UCUGGUUAGAGAACAAGAAAGGGGAGUGCUCAGUAGUAUUUAUUCAGGCUAAAGGGGAAGAAGCGUCCUCCUCCAUCAGCACAUGACAGUGGAGAGGGAGUCAGGAACAGCAGAGCUCCGCUCUCUCAGGGAAAAGUGAAGUCACAGGUUGUUUUCAUCCUCAGUGGUGAUGAUGUCCUGCAUCUGUGGGGCACUGGCUUCUGUCCACACUCAUGAAGUGGUCUGAGAAUUUUUAAAUCAACAUCAGGAGCUGAAACCAGUCCUGGAGUCCAAAGUUCUAGACUAUUAAAUAGAAACAUACUGAUGUCAGACACAGACUCCCAUUCCUCCCCCACUCCUGUUCCCUCUCCCUUCUUCCACUGUGACUACAGUGACUGGUCUCCCUCCUUCGCCAUCAUCCCGUCUGUCUACUUGUUGGCCUUCCUGAUUGGUUGCCUUGGUAACGGCCUGGUGCUCUGGGUCUACCUGUGGCGAGGUAAGGGGGGGAAGAUGUUUUUUCUUCAGAGAAACAAAACAAAUAGUGGCGAUUCCUCUGGACAAACACUCUCCCCCCGCUCUGCCUCUCACUCCCUGACAGACUCUCUAAUAGCCAGCUUAGCAUUAGCUGACCUCUGCUUCCUUGUAACGCUCCCUCUUUGGGCUGCCUACACCGCCAUGGGCUACCACUGGCCCUUUGGGCAACCCCUCUGCCAAAUUAGUAGCUUCCUCACUGCUCUCAACAUGUUUGCAAGUGUGUUCAGCCUGAGCAUGCUCAGUGUGGAACGGUACUGGGUUCUAACUGGACACCGGCACCCCAGCCACCUCCCCCUGCAGAGGUACCACAACAGAGCUCGGUGCCUUCUUGGAGGAGUUUGGAUAACGGCGGGAAUCUUGGCUCUUCCUGCAUUGCUGCUGCGCUCUGUCAGGGAGGUGGAGCUCGAGGCUCAGUCUGAAGAUGACUGGCAGUUCGAGUCAGCUGAUCCUAGAUCUGUUGUUUUGUCCUGCCAGAUGGAUUACUCCAUGCUGAUUGGAGCAGAGCUGGAAGAGGUCGACAAAGAGAGAGCAGAGCUGUGGUGGGCUGCUGCUUUCAGCUUAAAAUCAACUCUAAUUGGUUUCCUGUUGCCUCUUGUCAUCUUAUUGUUCUGUUACUGCUCACUGGCCCAGCUGCUCAACAGACACUUUGGACACGGCCCUCGUCCCGAUCGCAGGCGCCAGAGCAGACUCCUGAGGGUCAUCGUCACUUUGGUGAUGGCAUUCUUCCUGUGCUGGCUGCCUCUGCACGUCAAUAAAACUGUGUCUAUUUUGCUGGAAUUUGGGUUUCUUCACUACUCGUGCUCUUUGGACCAGACUCUUCUGGCUGCUCAUCCAUAUGUAACCUGUUUGGCUUACCUCAACUCCUGCCUGAAUCCGCUUCUCUAUGCUGCCUGCGAUCCAUUGUUCAGGAAAAGAUGCCACAGAGCUCUCCUCACAUGCUGCAGGAUCAACAACACAAGAGGGAACACAUGCAAAGGAAACAAGGAGGGUGAAGAAGAGGAGAAUGAGGAAAAAAGCUUAACUUCUACAAAGACACAGGAGAAAACAGCAGAUAGGACAAAGGAUGGCGAGGAAGAGAAGAUGAAGGAGCGAGAGACCAUGCAAACUUAAACUAUGCUCCAAAUGAUGGCAGUUACCUAUCAAAUUGUGACAUUAAGGCUGUGUGUAACAUUUUCUAGAAGAUCAGCUGGAAUGUAAAACUGAAUAACAAAUAACUGUAAACUUAUUUUAAAAAACAAACACUGUCUUUAAAUGAAGGUAUAGUUUCAAAGGCUAACUUUCCCAAAGGAAAUUAAAUCUGCUGUCUAAAAAUACUGCCAAAUGAUCUGCUUUGAUUAUAUCUUCUUAUGGAAUGUGAUGCAUAUUAUUUUUCUCAAUAAGUAUUGUGUUUGUUGGUUUAUGGUGUACCGUUUCACCACUGUUUAUCUUUUUAAAACAACUUUGAUUAAAUGUUACUUGAAAACA